UGUUUCAGGUCCAACUCAGAAGCAUCAGGGAUAAGGCGAAAUUUGGAGGGAUGGACAUCAAGGUCCCAAGGAAUACUGCGGAGAAACGUGUAGCGUCUCGAAGACCAUAUCGUCCCAGAAAGCCAUAUCUACCACGUCCUCCAUCUCAAUUAGAAAUUAUUCAGCAACAUGUAAUGAGAUUGAUAAAACAACAAGUUGAGCAAAGAAAACGGGAGGCAAAACGAUUGGAGGAGGCGGCUAAGGAGCCACCUAAAAUUCCAGAAAAGAAGAGUCGUAGAAAAUACCGAAUGACAUUUGUGCCUCCAGCUGAGACGGAAGAGCAAGAGCUGCAGGGUGGUCAAGUAGAACGACGAGAAGUGGUCACUGCGCGUGACUUGGCUCGGCUCAUGCCACCAGAACAAGGAGUUAUUGUGGUGUGCAACCCCGAGAGAUCGGUCUGCCGUAUCAAAAUAAGGACAGAAGACGUGCGAAAGGAGGUUGAAACCGUGGCAAAACCACGCUACAGUAAUCCUAGCAACAUGCUGAUCAUGACUACGAAAUAUGAUCAGCCGAGUGACUUGGAUCGGAUUCUGGAUUCUAUUGGAGAGUAAGAUGCAUUAUCAUCAUCAUCAUUUAUAAUCUAUCAAAGAAAAAUAUUGAAGGAGUAGGAAAUUUGAAAGGGGUUUCAGAAAUCAUGUAGUAAAAUAAAACGGAAUUGUUUUUUUCUCUUUUCCCCCUAAUAGACUUGCAUCCCCCUUUCUCUACUUUGGCAGUUUUUAUCUCGGUUCUCUUCGAUUUUAUCAAAAAAUUGUCAACUGGCAAAAGACGUGUGAAAUAUAUCUCUUUACUUCGAAAGUUGACAAUUUUUUGAUAAGUCUUAAGACAACCGAGAUAUAAGCCGUGAAAGUAGAGCAGUGGGGGUGCAACUCUAAUAAGGAAAAUACAGUACCAACCAUAUUUUCAUUAUUAUAAUAACUAUAAUCUGACAAGAGAUGCUGUUAAAAAUUUGCAAAAUUUUUCCUUCAUAUAUAUUUUUUUGAAACCCCCGAAAAAUGCCCUUAUUAGAUAUUUAUCACAUGUUCAUGUUUUUCCUGAAUUCAACUAUAUUUUUCCCUCAUUUCUCUUAUUGCAUUCCGAAAAUAGAUACAAAGUACAAAUUGUUGUCAUCAACGAAAACUCACAAGUAUAGAAAUGAAAUUAGAUGUGAUCUACCUUUUUUCGUUGUCAAACUUGAAUAAAUUUCGGCUCACUA